AUGACUCAGAGAGUGAAGGCUAAAAUUGUAGCAGGUGGGUUAGCUCCCGGACUUGCUAAGAUUCAACCGCCAGAGGGCCCAAGUAACUCCGCCUCUACAACCCGCAGAUCCCAGCAGGUCCAACCUCCCGCUUACGUCCCGUCCCAAGCUCCACCCCCAAGUCAACAGGCACUUCCGCCCAGGAGGCCACGCCUUCCACUCUCCACCUUCUUUCCUUGGGCCUGGCCCACCGACCUACGCGAGCCCCGCGCGCUCCCAAGCAUAGGCCCCGCCUCCACGCCGGUCGUGAAGACGCUACGAAGGGCCCGCCCCACGGCCUACGUCAGUGCGUCGGGGCGUGGCCGAGGUCGGCAAGGUCCGCGCGCACGCGUGGGCCCCAGCGGGCGGCCCUUUCUCCGGACGCUUUAUCGCUACGCCAUAGCACCAACAACUGGCAGAAAUUCUCUUAUGACAGAUGUAAUUUCUGCUUAUCAAAAAUUCUGUUCUCGACCUCCAAAAGGGUUUGAAAAAUAUUUUCCAAAUGGGAAGAAUGGGAAGAAAACUAGUGAACCAAAAGAAGUUAUGGGAGAAAAAAAAGAAUCAAAGUCAGCUGGUACUUCACGCCCUUCUGGAGGAGUUGGUGGUGGUGGAAAACGGGGUGGCAAGAAAGAUGAGUCUCAUUGGUGGUCCCGGUUCCAGAAGGGUGACUUUCCAUGGGAUGACAAAGAAUUUAGAAUGUACUUUCUCUGGACUGCUCUGUUUUGGGGUGGAGUCAUGUUUUACUUCCUGUUCAGGAGCUCCGGGAGAGAAAUCACAUGGAAGGACUUUGUCAAUAACUAUCUUUCAAAAGGCGUAGUAGACAGACUAGAAGUCGUCAACAAGCGUUUUGUUCGAGUGACUUUUACACCAGGAAAAACUCCUGUUGAUGGGCAAUACGUCUGGUUUAAUAUUGGCAGCGUUGACACCUUUGAACGGAAUCUGGAAACUUUGCAGCAGGAAUUGGGCAUAGAAGGGGAGAAUCGGGUCCCUGUUGUCUACAUUGCUGAAAGUGAUGGUUCGUUUCUGUUGAGCAUGUUGCCCACGGUGCUCAUCAUCGCUUUCUUACUGUAUACCAUACGAAGAGGGCCUGCUGGGAUUGGUCGAACAGGCCGGGGAAUGGGUGGACUCUUCAGUGUUGGAGAAACCACUGCCAAGGUCUUAAAAGAUGAGAUAGAUGUGAAGUUCAAAGAUGUAGCUGGCUGUGAAGAGGCCAAGCUAGAGAUAAUGGAGUUUGUCAAUUUCUUGAAAAACCCAAAGCAAUAUCAAGACCUAGGAGCAAAAAUCCCAAAGGGUGCCAUUCUCACCGGUCCUCCAGGCACUGGGAAAACACUGCUAGCUAAAGCAACAGCUGGAGAAGCCAAUGUCCCCUUUAUUACCGUUAGUGGAUCAGAAUUCUUGGAGAUGUUUGUUGGUGUGGGUCCAGCUAGAGUCCGAGAUUUAUUUGCCCUUGCUCGGAAGAAUGCCCCCUGCAUUCUUUUCAUUGAUGAAAUAGAUGCUGUGGGAAGGAAGAGAGGAAGAGGCAACUUUGGGGGCCAGAGUGAACAGGAGAAUACCCUUAAUCAAUUACUUGUGGAAAUGGAUGGCUUUAACACAACAACAAAUGUAGUCAUCUUGGCAGGUACCAAUCGCCCAGAUAUCCUAGAUCCUGCACUGAUGAGGCCAGGGCGCUUCGAUAGGCAGAUCUUUAUUGGACCACCAGACAUAAAAGGAAGAGCCUCUAUUUUCAAAGUUCACCUCAGACCACUAAAACUGGAUAGUGCCCUGGAAAAGGACAAGCUAGCAAGAAAACUUGCAUCCUUAACACCCGGGUUUUCAGGAGCUGAUGUUGCUAAUGUCUGUAAUGAAGCUGCUUUGAUUGCUGCAAGACACCUUUCAGAUUCUAUAAAUCAAAAACACUUUGAACAAGCAAUUGAACGAGUCAUUGGUGGUUUAGAGAAAAAAACCCAGGUUCUCCAGCCAGAGGAGAAGAAGACUGUGGCAUACCAUGAAGCAGGUCAUGCAGUUGCUGGCUGGUACUUGGAACAUGCAGACCCACUUUUAAAGGUCUCCAUCAUCCCAAGGGGAAAAGGACUAGGUUAUGCUCAAUAUUUACCCAAAGAACAAUACCUGUACACCAAAGAGCAGCUUUUGGAUAGGAUGUGCAUGACUCUGGGUGGCCGGGUGUCAGAAGAAAUAUUCUUUGGAAGGAUUACAACUGGCGCUCAAGAUGACUUAAGAAAAGUAACUCAGAGUGCGUAUGCCCAAAUUGUUCAAUUUGGCAUGAAUGAAAAGGUUGGACAGAUCUCCUUUGACCUUCCUCGUCAAGGAGAGAUGGUGUUAGAGAAACCUUACAGUGAAGCCACUGCAAGACUAAUUGAUGAUGAAGUACGGAUACUUAUUAAUGAAGCUUAUAAAAGAACAGUAACUCUUCUCACAGAAAAGAAAGCUGAUGUGGAGAAGGUUGCUCUUCUAUUACUAGAAAAAGAAGUAUUAGAUAAGAAUGAUAUGGUUGAACUUUUGGGCCCGAGACCAUUUGCAGAGAAAUCUACCUAUGAAGAAUUUGUAGAAGGAACUGGCAGCUUGGAUGAGGAUACUUCACUUCCAGAGGGCCUUAAGGACUGGAACAAAGAGCGGGAAAAGGAGAAAGAGGAGACCCCAGAAGAGAAAAUUGCCAACCAGAUCCGAGGAGGAAGGCCAUUUUAGUUUUUCAUAUUGUGGUUUCAAUUUAUAUGUUUUUUUCAACUCUAGCUUUCUCAGAGGAGUGAAAACUUCUCCAGGUUGGUCCAGCUGCUGGUCUGGAUGAAAGGUGGGAAAAGGAGCCCUAACUCCCACCCUUCAAAGUACAAUAGGGAUAGCAAGGUGACUUUCCAAAGGCCCCUGGGGAGAACAUGCCCCUUUCCUCUUGAGCUCUGGGACAGUGGCACUCAGGCCCUGCUCCUGCUCCACGUCAGUAAAGCCAGCUAGUGUGUGUCGGGGGUAGAGAAUCUGAGGACUUACUACUGAGGAAUAGGUAUCAUUUUCUCUUCCCAUCACCUCCUUUUCAUUCCUGUUUCCCUCCAGAACUUCCCUCUGUGGAAGGACUAUGAAAUUAAAUUGGAGUCUUGAUAAGAAUAUUUUAAAGAUUGAAUCUAAAUCACAUGUUGCUGUUUAAAUGGAAUGGUUUUCUACGGAGAGCUGUAACAUAUUUAAAAAUAUGAAUGUAUUAUGUAAAUAUGGCUUCUUUACAGCAGAAAUAAAGUGUUAACACUGCACU